CAUUGAGCGCGCAGCAGGAUAUGCACAGCUCGAAGCCUCGAACUAGUGACACAGCUCGAUCACCACAUAGCUAGUAGCCCACACAAAGUAAGCACAAACCAUGGCGUCAUUCGCUAGAGCUGCCCGUUUCAUGGUGCUCCUCCAGAUCGCACUGUUCGUCGUCUCCAUGGUGAUCACGAGCAGCUCCGUCUGCCUCGGAGCCGUCCAGCAGGAUAUCGGACGUGGUGCGUUCGAUCCUAACCGCCCCGCGGUGUGCCCCCGUGGACGUCCCUGCGGGCGCUACCCAGGCGGUCCGUAUAUCCCCUACCCCGGCCGUCCUUAUUAUCCACCCUACCGCGGAGGAGCUCCUCCCCCGAACGAUAGGGGGAUUGGACGACCUUGAUAAUGAUGCAUGCCUUGCACUAGCAGUACAAGUUACUGCCACGGCCUUACUUAACCAUUACUGAUAUCGUAUAUCGUGUACUUCCGCUUAGUACACCGAAUAAGAAUUGCAUGUAUAGCCGUGAUAUGAAUGUAAAAGUUCGAUUCAGAGAAAAUAAAGAUGGACAGUGAGCUGA